AUGGAGAGGAUGCAGCAGGUCGUGGGGCGGGCGAGAGCUGCCUUCAACUCGGGCCGGUGCCGCUCACUGGAGUUCAGGAUCCAGCAGCUGAAGGCUCUGGAGAGGAUGGUGAAGGAGAAGGAGAGGGAGAUCCUGGCAGCUAUCAAGGCAGAUCUGCACAAGUGUGGGCACAACGCAUACAGCCAUGAGGUAAUGGGAGUGUUGGGGGAGCUGGCCCUGACCAUGGAGAAGUUGUCAUCCUGGGCAGCUCCUCAGCCUGUGAAGAGGAACCUGCUGACAAUGAGGGAUGAAGCCUUCAUCCGCUAUGAGCCGCUGGGAGUGGUGCUGAUCAUCGGGGCCUGGAACUACCCUUUUGUCCUGGUCAUGCAUCCUUUGAUUGGGGCCAUUGCAGCAGGCAAUGCUGUGGUGGUGAAGCCAUCAGAGGUCAGUGAAAACACAGCUCGGCUGAUUGCUGAUCUCCUCCCUCAGUACCUUGAUCGGGAUCUGUACCCCGUGGUCACUGGAGGAGUGCCUGAGACCACAGAGCUGCUGAAACAGAGAUUUGAUCACAUCCUCUACACUGGCAACUCCGCAGUGGGCAAAAUCGUGAUGGCAGCGGCAGCCAAGCACCUGACGCCGGUCACCCUGGAGCUGGGUGGGAAGAGUCCCUGCUACAUCGACAGGGACUGUGACCUGGCUGUCGCCUGCAGGCGGAUAACGUGGGGCAAGUACAUGAACUGUGGGCAAACCUGCAUCGCCCCUGACUACAUCCUCUGUGACCCAUCCAUUCAGAGCAAGGUGGUGGAGAACAUCAAGGCCACUCUGCAGGAGUUCUAUGGGGCAGAUGUGAAGUCGUCUCCUGAUUACGAAAGGAUCAUCAACAAGCGCCACUUCAAGAGGAUCCUGGGCCUGCUGGAAGGGCAGAAGAUUGCUCAUGGGGGAGAGACUGAUGAGGCCUCCUGCUUCAUAGCACCCACCAUCCUCACCGACGUUUCUCCAGAGUCAAAGGUGAUGGAGGAGGAAAUCUUUGGACCAGUCCUCCCCAUUGUGACUGUGAAGAGUGUGGAGGAAGCCAUUGAGUUCAUCAACCGUCGGGAGAAGCCUCUUGCCCUCUAUGUCUUCUCCAACAACAAGGAGUUAAUCAAAAAAGUCAUCUCAGAAACCUCCAGUGGGGGCUUUACUGGAAAUGAUGUCAUCAUGCAUUUCUUCCUCUCAACCUUACCUUUUGGUGGUGUUGGAAACAGUGGGAUGGGAGCCUACCACGGGAAGCACAGCUUCGAGACCUUCUCCCACCGCCGUUCCUGCUUGAUCAAGGACCUGAAGAUGGAAGGGACUAACAGCCUCCGGUACCCCCCCAGCAGCCAGAAGAAGGUGGAUUGGGCCAAGUUCUUCCUCUUGAAGCGGUUUAACAAGGGCCAAAUUGGCCUGGCUGUGUUGGCCCUGCUGGGGAUCAUGGCAGCAGUGGUAUUCAAGAAUCACCACUCUGUGCUGAAGAGAAAAGCCCUCUUGAUUGUGCUGGCUGUGCAGAGGCUGGGCUGGCCCAGAGUAUGGUAA